CAUCUCUCUCCCUCUCAAUCGAAAGCUCCGAAACCCUAAGAAGAAGAAGAAGAAGAGGAGAGGAGAGAAGAGGAGAGAGAUGAAGCUUCGGAUCCGAUCCAUGGCGACGAAGGAGAUGCUCCGCGUCGACGCCCCCGACACCUCCUCCCUCCGCGACCUCAAAACCCUGAUCGCAGGCAAGCUCUCUUCGUCCUCCUCGUCUCCUCCGAUCGACCCCGAAUCCAUCCACCUCUCCCUCAAUCGCAAAGACGAGCUCUUCGCCCCCUCCUCCCCCGCCGCCGACCCCCUCCCCUCCCUCGGCCUCACCUCCGGCGACCUCCUCUUCUACUCCCUCUCCCCACUCUCACAAACCCUAGUCCCCGCAAACCCCCCCGGUUCCGAUUCCUUUGGACGCGUCCAAACCCUAGGUUCGAAGCCGGAGGAUCGGAUGGAGGUGGAUGCGGAUGGAACCGCUGGAACCCUAGAUUCGAAACCGGAGGGUCGGAUGGGGGUGGAUCCGGAGCCCUCGGUCGUAGUAAAAAAGCCGUCUUUGGUGCCGCGUAUUCUUAAGAGGGUGAUGGAUUUAGAGAAGGGGGAGAACGAAGGGAUCCUCGGGCGCCUUCUUACUACUAUCCAUGCGGCUUUUCUCGACUCUGGCUUCCUCGUUGGGCGAGGAGGCGAUGGCUCUCGAUUGCCCCGAAAUUGGGCUUCAGACGCUUCUAAUUUAUCCGUUCAAUACGCUCUUCGUGAUCUUGUGGACCGAAUGGAAGAGAGAGAUAUCAAAUUUUCCAUUGUGAGGUGCUCUGUAAUGGGGAAUUUCGUUACAAUUUAUGGGUAUCUUAGUGUAGAGCAUCCGGAUGUUUACCGGGUUUGUAUAGAUGCGUCGAAGAUCGCACCUUUCCUGAGUUUGGCCAUGGAUUCGAUGAGUGAGAGGGAUGAGAAAGAGAUCUUGAAGCUCUGGAACAUGGUCAAAGAUGGGGUUUGCUUGCCUUUACUAAUAGAUAUUUGCGCGAAGAAUAGGCUGCCUUUGCCUCCGUGCUACAUGCGUCUUUCCCGCGAUCUCAAGACCGAUAUUUUGGAGCUUGUUUCUGGCGUUGAUUUAGCGAGAAUUGCUUGCACUUGCUCUGAGAUGAGCGCUAUCUGUUCCGAUGAUAAGUUGUGGAAGAAGAAGUUUGAGAAGGAGUUUGGGUCUUCCAGUGGGGCGGGAGUGCAAGGUAUGAGGUGGAGAGAGAGAUUCGCCGCAGCUUGGAUCGAGAAAAAGAAUGCUUCUAAGGUGUCAAAUAGAAGAGUUAUAAGAUUUGGGGUGUUAACUGAUCGAAGGUUUAAUCCAGCUAGGCCCAUUUUCCCAGUUAGGCCCCAUAGGUAUCCUAUCAUAGGUGGAGAUUAUGAUUUAUACCCAGCUAUUGGUAAUCUCAGUCCACAGGGUGCUGGCUUACGAAACUCUCGGAACCCUGCUCGUCAGCAAUUCUCUCCCCACUGUAAUCUUGGUGGCUACAGUCGUGGCGGAUUUGGUGGAUGAAAUGGCUUAUGGCUAUUUCAUUUGUUUGCUUUCUAAGCGGAGUUGCUCUUAGCUAUCUUGUUUAUGUAUAAUCUGCAUGUGUUUAUGUUCAUGCAGUUUUUGUUGCAAAUCCUCCUUUUCCUCUUACUGUCUUCUGCACUGAGACAGUUUUAUCUUGAGUAUGUAAGCCAACUUAUAUAGAUGAGUAUUUCCAUGAUGUAAAGCAGUGGUUUAUGUCUAAUAAAGAUUUUUGUUGAUAUCA